AUGGCCAUUCUGUCAGCUCUCAACACCAGUGUCGCGCCUUCCAUAUCUGGGGCUGAUAACUCAUGUGACACUAGCAUUCUUGCAAUCACAUUGUUUGUUAGAGCCGUGGUUUUUGUCAUUGGAGUACCUGGUAACUGUCUGAUUCUGCGUGUAUACUGGACUAAGGCACGAAAGACCAGCACCCACAUUCUGAUCAUGGCCUUAGCCUCUACUGAUCUGUACGUUUGCCUUAUCUUGUCUAUCAGCAUUGUGGGACUUGCUCUCGAAUGUGGAGGCAACGGUGAAGACUUCAGUAUGCUGAUCAGGACGUUUUGGUAUAUUGGUAUAGUUGCUUCGUUUUGUAUCACCGCUGCGAUUGCUGUGGAUCGCUAUGACUGCAUAUGCCGGCCACAAAGACGGUAUUGCACGCCAAGACGGGCCAAGGUAGCUGCUUUCGUUAUCGUGCUGUUCUCGGUAUUAUUUUGUAUUCCUGGAAGCAUAAGAGAUUACCUGUACCCGCCCAUGUUAGGCAUAGACCUACUUGUGCCAAUUGCCGAAAACAUUGCUAUGUUAAUAGCACUUGUAACAAUCGGGAUUUGUUACGGAAACGUUUACGCAGCAGUCUUAAGACAUGUGAAAGUUGGUGCCAUCCCUGAACGCACAUCAACGCAAGAUGAUCAGGUCGCUACCAAGAUCGACAAGGACCGAACAAUACCACCGACACAAUCGGCUCUGCCAAAGAAAAAUCAUCUGAGUGCUAUCAAUAACCAUAUGGCGAAAAGGGGAAACGGUUCCGACCGCAACAGCAAAUGUUCGACACAACCGCCAUCAGAUGCUCCGGUUAGAAUCGAAGCUAAUACGUCUGUUGUCGACAACGAGGUGUCGACAGUUAUCAAUCUGGCAGACACCAGCAGUACGCCUCAUCAAGCAUCUACUUCAAGGCUGGACAUUCUUGAGGUGCCCCAAAAUACAAAUGGAAAUCUUGUGAAUCCUGCCGAGCGAGAUUUCAAAGUGGGACCGCAAAGCGUUUCCCAAGCAGUUUCAGAGCAAGACUGUAGUAAGGGCGGGGACAAGAACCUUUGUGGAGACACGAACACUCUGAGAAGACACGCCCCUAAAAGGAUGGGCGGCGCCGUCCUACAGCGUAAGACAACAAAAAUGCUCUUCAUUACCAGUGUGGUGUUCCUGCUGACGUGGCUACCAGAUCUGAUUGAUAAUGCUAUACACAUUGCUUAUUUGGCAGGUAGCAACAUAGACCCUGAGAGUACAUUUUACAAUAUAUGGAACUGGCUGUCUUUCACCAUAUUCAUCAACAAUGCCAUUAAUCCAUUGAUUUACGGACUGGCAAACAAACGAUUCAGGAAAGACUGCGUGGCAGUGUUUCGCAAAAUGAGACGCUAA